ACCAUAAGAAGAAAAAUACAAGAACUCAAUAAGAAAAAAAGAGGACUCCUUAAGCGGUGCUGUGUCUUCAAUUGUCGUGCAUGCAUUUUAUGCAUCUGUUGCCUUGCAUGCAUUCUCUCUCUCUCCUCGCCUCUCUCUCUCUCUCUCUAUAUAUAUAUAUAUAUACACACACAUCUGUAUCUAUAUACCUUCACGCACAGUAAGCUGCAGACACGCUUUCUCUGCCCACCUUCCGCUGCGGUUUGCAAUCCAGUUGCUACCACCAGCGAGUUGACUCGCCACUUGACUUACAUGAAGAAAAGGGUUUGAUCUGCGGGGACAAAUGGGGUCAAAGAUUUGUAUGAAUGCGUCGUGCGGGACGGCCACAAGCCGCGAGUGGAAGAAAGGGUGGCCUUUGAGAUCCGGUGUAUACGCUGAUCUCUGCUACACUUGCGGAUUUGCAUACGAGAAUUCAACUUACUGCGAUACUUUUCAUUUAGAGGAAGAUGGUUGGAGGGAAUGCUAUAUAUGCACAAAGCGUCUUCACUGCGGAUGCAUAGCCUCCCAUUCUUUGCUCGAGCUCUUGGAUUUUGGGGGUGUUGGGUGCACUGGUUGUGCAAUCAGUUUUGUCCCUCCUUCAACUCGAAAUAAUGCAGCUCCUAAAGGAUUUGGCUCUUUGGCAUUAAAUAGUGCUAACGACCUGCGGCCCAACCCUGCAGAAAAUAGAGCAGUUGGUGAUAAUCUCGAUGGCAGGGUCACACAAUUAUGCAGGAUCACAGAAGCUAAUAAACCAAACUUCUUGCAUCAAAUUCAUAGAGAUGAUACAGCUGCAUCACUUGGACAAUUGAAAAGAAAGAAUAUCAUACGUCCAAAGAGUGAAGUUGGCAUGGGCUUUUCAAAUGCAACUCAGCCAUGGGUUGGAUCAUCUAAAAAAGUUUCGAAACUGAAUACCAGAAGGCCGUUAUUAGAAAAUGUGAAGACGGAUGGAUCACUUGCUCAGACAUCUCUUAGUAGGACUUUAGCAGCUCCAUCAACUGCUUCUAGUUUAGAUCUACCUUUUCCUGGUGUGCUUCUUGGAGAAACAGAACAGAUCCGAGCACCUUCUAUAUUCCAACAAGGACAAAGGUCCCGACCCAUACUGCCUAAACCCUUGAAAAAGGGCCUUGCUAUGAGUUCAGAAAACAAGAAAGGUGUCGUUCAUGAGCUGCGAAUUGCGAGGCCUCCUGGUGAGGGGCGGGGGAAGACUCAGUUACUUCCAAGAUACUGGCCAAGGAUUACUGAUCAGGAACUGCAGCAAAUAUCUGGAGACUUAAAUUCCACAAUUGUGCCGCUGUUUGAAAAGGUUCUGAGCGCCAGUGAUGCAGGUCGAAUUGGCCGUUUAGUUCUUCCAAAAGCGUGUGCAGAGGCAUAUUUCCCUCCUAUCAAUCAAUCUGAGGGUCUACCUUUACAUAUUCAAGAUGUGAAGGGAAAAGAAUGGACAUUUCAGUUCAGAUUCUGGCCCAACAACAACAGCAGGAUGUAUGUCUUGGAGGGUGUAACCCCUUGUAUACAGUCCAUGCAAUUACGAGCUGGUGAUACUGUGAUAUUCAGUCGUUUAGAUCCUGGAGGUAAACUUGUCAUGGGGUUCAGAAAGGAGACGAACUCAGUGGAUACACAGGAAGCUCAAACAUCUGGUCUCCCUGCUGCAGCUCUUUCCAGGGCAACUUCUACCUCUGGUACUGUUGAGAAUCUUUCUACAGUAAAUGGGUACUCUGAUAUAUACAAAAUGCCUAAAGGAAACGUAGGUCCUCACCUAUAUGUUCUGCCUGAACAUUUGAGCUUAGCUGAAGGGGAUAAUGGGUGGAAUAAAUAUGAGAAUCCCGGAGGAGGAACGAACGGGGGUUCAGUGCAGCGAGCAGCACCAAUUUCAGAGAAGAAAAGGACUCGAAAUAUUGGAUCUAAGAAUAAGAGGUUACUUAUGAAUAGCGAGGAUGCCCUAGAACUGAGACUUACAUGGGAAGAAGCACAAGACUUGCUUCGGCCACCCCCAGGAGUAAAGCCAAGUGUUGUCACUAUCGAGGACCAUGAAUUUGAAGAGUAUGAUGAGCCUCCGGUUUUUGGAAACAGGACCAUAUUCAUUGCGCGACCAUCAGGGGGACAGGAGCAAUGGGCUCACUGUGAUGAUUGCUCGAAAUGGCGAAGAUUACCUAUGGAUGCUCUUCUUCCUCUGAAGUGGACUUGUCAGGACAAUGUUUGGGAUUCAAGCAGGUGUUCUUGUUUGGCACCGGAAGAAACCAGUCCUAAUGAUUUGGGAGAUCUUACUAGGAUGAGCAAAGACCUCAAAAGGCAAAGAAUUUCAGAAAAAAGCUCUAAUAAUCCAAGCGAAGAACGUGAGCCUUCUGGCUUAGAUGCUCUAGCCAGUCUUGCCAUUCUUGGAGACGACAUUGAUUCUAGUGACCCAUCAGCUGGGGUUACCACCAAACAUCCCCGACACCGCCCUGGUUGUACCUGCAUUGUAUGCAUUCAACCCCCCAGUGGGAAGGGCAAGCACAAGCCUACGUGCACAUGCAAUGUGUGCAUGACAGUAAAACGCCGCUUUAAAACCCUAGCGCUGCGCAAGAAGAAACGCCAAUCAGAAAUGGAAUCAGAAACUUCCCAGAAGGAGUUGAAGGAUGAAUUGAACUUUGAUGGCACACCAAGAAAUGAGCUGGUGCAUUCAGAUGACACAGAAAGUGAAGAGAACGAGAAUGAGAACAGAAAGCUAAGUGAGGAGGGUGAGAGCAGCGCUGGUCAAAUAGACCUGAAUUGCCAUCCAAAUCGUGAAGAGAUGCAAAUUGAGUCAUCAGAACUAAUGGGCAUGAUGAGCCUUGUAGAAGCAGCAAGUCUUCCUAUGGAGAAGUUGAGCAAUGAAAAUGGACUUGAUCUGGCAUCAGUAGCAUUCGACAGGGAGAAUAAAGUUGAUAAAGCGAGUGGUGAGCCCAAUAUGGACUCAAAAGAGCUUUGACUAGAUUGCUUAUUAUCUUCAAGAGCAUGGUGGUCCUCUUAGUUUCAAAAGGGUCUUUCUACAGUCGCACAGAUUUGGCAUUUUCUUCUGUCUUUUUUUCCCUCCCCUUAAGUUGUAAUUCCUUAAUCCCCUAUUUUUUAAGGAAGAUUAGGAAGAACGAAAUAGAGGAGGAUUAAGAAUAAGUAGAAAAUAAGGACCGCACUGCACUGGAAAUCAUUUGUUUAUUGUUUGGUUUUGAGAGCGCAAUGUCUUGAGAAACUUGUUCUUUUGUACUGAGAAGGUACAAACAAUCCGAUAGGAAUGGAGGAGUAAGAGUUCGAAGCA